CGCACAUUCUGACAUGGAGCAACUCCAAGGCGGACAUGGCUGUAUCGUACGAUCCGAGGUUAUCGAUGGUGCCAUGCAGUCUGCCUCUGCUGAGAUGUCUGGCUGUGGCAAUCAAAAUAGGAAGCCAACUACUAGAGCCCAUUCGCACACAUAGUCCACUGAAACCACAUCGUAACUCGCUUUCACAUCUCACUCAUCGUGGUCCAAUAUCUAUCGGUUGUCCAUACCGCAUGUUCGCACCAGUUCUGUGCCUCGACUAAGUUAUUGUGCUCAAGUUGAUCUAUUCCAGUAUACAUAAUAGUUCGAGAAGCUUCUCUGCCGCGAUUCUGGUAUUCGCUACGUCGAUCGGUGAAACAGAAAGAUAUCUAGAUCUCGCAAAACAACUCGAAAAGAGAAAAAAGGCAACGGCUUUUGAAAAACAAGAAUCUUUGAAAAUGUUGCAUGCGGGGCACUGUGCUUGGCAGCAGCCUAGGAGGAGCGUGGCCAUCAUGUCAUUGCUACUACUAGUGAUGCUUACUAAUACCGAUGGCGUCCAUGCUAGUGUUUCCUCCACGGUGUGCAAUGACAUUGCGAACCUUCCCGAAGUGAAUGCUUCUCACGUGUUUUGUGAUUUGGACGAAUUUGACGACGCGGUUGGUGGAUGGGAGUUUGGAUACCCACCAUGCAAUGAGAUUUCGAACACUGUGGGAAUGGUUGUUUCUCCCAGCAGCAGUGAGGAAGUGGCGGCUGUCGUGGGUUACAUCUACAAUCACAACACCAACAUGGAGGAUACGAAAGACAAAUUGAAACUCAGUGUCCGCAGUGGUGGCCAUUCGGGCACUUGCAACAGCAUCAUCGAGGGAUCCAUUCACUUGGAUUUGCGUCAAUUGAACAACUUGGACAUCAUCCCCAAUACUCUGGAUGAGAACCCUCACAAUAAAGAAACAAACUUGCUGCAAAUGGGCACAGGAAACACCUUUGCAGAUAUCUUCGAAGUUGUGGAUCUGAACGAGUACACUCUUCUUUAUGGCACAUGUCACAGCGUGGGUGUCGGGGGCUUCUACCUUCAUGGAGGCAAUUAUCCCAUGUCCAAGUUUUAUGGCUGGGGCAAUGAGACCAUUCGUGCCAUGACUGUUGUAACAGCCAAUGGGACAGUACUCAAGUUUAAGGAAUCUCGUCAACGGCUUUUGGACACUAAUGAAGAAAUCACGGAACAAGUAGAUACACGGGACAUGGCGAACAACUCGACUGCCUUUUCAACAAACUCAACAAGUGAUGGAUCCUUACCACCCAUUUAUUCUCGGGAUCCUGUCCUAAUCUACGACGCAGAUGACAAUCCACUGAACGAGGCUGAUUCAUUGCACUACCAAGAUCUCUGGACAGCAUUGAGGGUAGCAGGGUCUAGCUUUGGAAUUGUCACAGAAUUGACCAUUCAGAUGUAUGAGACUCCAACGCCAUUCUUUUGGCAAAUUGGGGUGAACUUGACACUGCAGGAAGAAUUGGAUAUUCUGGAAGAUGCCAUUCAUGAUGAGACAGUUGUGCUUGCCUGGGGGCGCACCCAGUUUGGGCCAGGUGUCCUCAUGGCAAGGACAAAUAUCAACGACCCCACCGACAAGGAUGAGAGUUUUGAGGCGUGUCUGGUAUGGCUAGAUGAAUGGUUUUUGCGGCAGGGGAUUGAUGAUUGGAGGACAACAAGAUUCGCCAAAGGCUUGACCCAAACAGUAAACUUGGUCUUCCAGGGCAGACUUGAUUUGACUGAUUUUGGGCCUGGGGGCAAGGAUGGAUGGGCCACCUCUAAUGUGGUGUUUCGUGCAGACAUCCCAGAGAGGAAUGAGAUUCUCUCCUGGUAUCAGCAACAGCACGUCCUCAAUGCAUCAGACUGUCUUUUGUUGGUGCAGUACAUGCGUUCUACUGUUACACAAGAGCCUCAGCUUGGUGUCGAGUUUUCUUGUGGCCCACGACAGUUGUAUAAAGAAAUGAUGCGACAAGUUGAGAGAGAGGUGCAAGCAAGAUAUCCGGAUUCUACCAGAAGAGGAAACAUGAUCCAAGUCAUGUGUUUGAUCCCUUCCAGGGUAUCUCAACUGAUGAGCAUUACUGGGAAAACCGGGAGGAAAGCAUUGGUGCAGUUGUUCUGGGUCCUUUUCCUGUGAUCGUAGCAGUUGUCCUUGGCAUACUUGGUCUGUUCUAGAUGAAUGAAACGUGUCUCAAGGAAAGCAAUAAUUGUAUGUUGUAGUUCUAUUCUAAUACGCUGGCAUAUUUCGCCAGUUCUAGUUUGAUUUCGAUACAUGUUUUU